AUGUCCGCAGACUGUAACAUGGUGGAACGAUUCAACAGUUCACAGCCUUUUGUUGAUUUGGGUUACAUUUUGUGUGACUACUGUAUUGAGAAUUCAACACCAGCUGCAAAGACAUGUUUAAAAUGUGAAGCUUCACUUUGUGCUUUUCAUUUGCAACCACAUCUGCUCAAACCAGCCUCUAAUGGACACAUCCUUAUUGAACCUGUAGCUGACCUUUCGAGCAGACAAUGUCCUGACCAUAAGGAACUCUUUCAGUUCUACUGUAAAGAUGAUGCUAUAAGUUUAUGUAGUAGCUGUAUAAUACUGGGUAAACAUAAGUCCCAUACACUGCAGGGCCUGGAACAGACACAAGCCUCUAUUCAGAAAGAAUUGCAGGCAGAGGUUGAAAAGCUUCAAGGAAUCCAGCAGAAUUGUUCCAGCAAACAGCAAGACUUAGAGAGACAUGAAGCUGAAAUACAGGUAGGGAAAAGUGGAACUGGAACUGGGUUCACUCUGAAACCUGCAGCCAGAAUUCGAAGCAGCUCCUUUCCAGGGAAAAGGUCAUUGAGUCUGGAUCCAAAGACAGCAAACUUCAGCUUGACUCUGUCUCAUGACCUGAGAUCAGUAACAUGGACUGAACAGCAGCAGCCCUAUCCACCUCACCCAGAAAGAUUUAAAAAUCAUCCCCAAGUCCUCUCCUCCCAGAGCUUCUCCUCAGGAUCCCAUUCCUGGGAUGUGGAGACUGCUGGUAAUAACUGGGGAAUAGGGAUUGUGUGCAGGAAUGCUAUCAGACAGGGACUAAAUGCAUAUCUUGGCAACAGCACUAAAUCAUGGUGUUUGAUCUUUUACGCUGGUACUUUUCUCAGAGCCUGUCACAACAACAAGCCCAUAUUCCUCCGAAAAUUUCCAUUAAAUAGCAGGGUCCGAGUCCAGUUGGACUAUGAGGCUGGGACUGUCUCAUUUCACCAGAUUACUGAAUCACUGACACAUUUACACACAUUUCAAACCACAUUCACUGAACCUGUGUUUCCAGCAUUUUGUUGUUGGAAAGAUUCCUUAAAACUGAUUAAUUAA